AUGAUUGAUAAGAUAAAAAAUUUAAAUGAUGAGGAGAGUCUUUGGUUUGUCACUGGGUAUGCCAAAAAUCUGUUCAGUGUUAAUUCGUAUUAUCACAUUAUCGGUUUUGAGCACAUAAAAGAGAUGGACUUGAAGACACUGGCUCGUUUGAAUAGGGUUCCUCCUUUGGACAAUUUGCUGCCCGGGGAUGGCACGCGGAUGGGCAACUAUUUGGUGGCCGCCGCCUACAGAGUAGACAAGCGCGUGGUGUUUUACAAAAAUGGGCACAUUUCUGGAAGCUCCGAAAGAAUUCCCACCGCAAGACCCACCACAAGACCCACCGCAGGAUCCACCGCCGAACCCCGCGUGAACCAGAACUACAUCCUCUGCUCCUACAUAUAUUUCAUAUUCUACGUGUACGAUAAGGAAAAGAAAAAAUUUUACAUAUGCACAAGCGACAUGAACGAUGAGUGCUCCCUUUACGAAAUGAACGAACUGGACAAAGAAGACCUGUACCAUUUUCUGUACAAUUACGUGUCAAGCAAAAAGGACCUAACAAAUGUGCAUGUCGUCUCUUUGAUUAAGAAGAACAGAGCGGCUAAACGCGCAACAGCAGAUGAUAUGUCCACAGAGGAACUUUUAAAUGUGCACAAUUAUACAAAUAAAUUUAAUUCGUAUUUGAAAAGGCUAUUCAACUUGUGCCACAACUCAGAUAUCCUGCUGGAAAAUAGAAUGAACAGAAAAUAUGAACAUCCAAACAUUACGUUUAUUUUUGGAAACACUAAUUUUUUAUUUAAAAAUAAAACCUACUUGGAAUGGUUAAAAAAUUUUUUUCUUAAAAAUGAUCAACAGAAAAAUCUGCUCGAACUUAUUUUUAAGGAUAACAAGGGGUACAAGUUUUACGUCCAGAAUGACGUCACGGAUAGAUCAUCCUACGUGCUCAGGUGCACCAAAAUUAGCAAAAAAAAAUUCGACAUGGUAUGCAAAAAAUUGCGCACAAUUUAUGAAUAUAAAAGUUGUAAUGCAAAGGGGAAGGAAGGGGAAGAAGCGGAGGAUCCUUUUUUUGUCUACGCGAAAAUUUUAUUUGAUAGUUAUGCGAAUGAUUUGGCCAAUAAUGAAAAAAAGAAAAAUUUCCGUGGGGAGGAUAAUUACGCCCACAGGAGUGUUUACAUAAACAUCGGCUCAAACGAUUAUUUUGUAGGCGGAGAAGACAUCUCAUUUAGCACCGCUGACGAAGGUCUGUUAUUCACCAUAACAAAGAAUUUUCUGGACAGCUUAGUUUCCUGCAUACAUGUGUGA